GACCUACUUAUGUCUCAGUCUUCCGCGUUGCCCUGUCUAUGCCACACCCCUCUCUAUGGUCACACCCCCAACCUAUUCCCAACACAAACAGCUGGAUCAGAGCUCAGGUGACGUCACUGCCGCCCUGUUGCACAGCUGAUCGCUCCCCGGUAAUCGGGACAGUGUCGCUCCGCCCAUCCGACAUCGUUUGGGGCGAGACAGUAGGGCCGGGAAUGGAGAGAGACCCAACUUGUCUGCGUGAAAACGGAACAUCACAGGCACUGGUGGGACUCCCCUGUCUGUGUCACCUGAAGAAACAGGUUUGGGGCAACAACCGAGGGUUUGAAGGAGUCCCGCAUUGUUAGUGGCCUUGUCUGUUGUCUCUCUACGAUUUGCCAAUGUUCAUAGAGUAUUAGGGGGGAGCUUUGAAAAGAAGCGUCUUCUCAACACAGCGGGACGAUGUGGCUGAAGCUGUUCUUUCUGCUGCUCUACUUCCUAAUCCUAUUUAUCCUGGCGAGGUUCUUUGAGACGAUUGUGUGGUACGAAACGGGCAUCUUGGCCAGUCAACUGCUGGACCCUGUGACUCUGAGCUUUCACCAGCUCAAGACCAUAUUGGAAUGCAGGGGUCUGGGAUACUCGGGAUUGCCGGAGAAGAAGGAUGUCAGGGAGCUGAUGGAAAAAUCAGGAGACCUGAUGGAAGGGGAAUUGUAUUCUGCCAUGAAAGAAGAAGAAGCCUCCGAGACGGUGUCCAGCACCAACUUCAGUGGGGAAAUGCACUUUUAUGAACUAGUGGAAGACACAAAAGAUGGAAUCUGGUUGGUGCAGGUAAUUGCAAACGACCGAAGUCCCCUUGUAAGUAGAAAUCACUGGGAAAAGGUGGUGAAAAAAGUGACAACAUUUGGAAUUCGCACCGGGACCUUUAACUGCUCCAGUGAUCCCAGGUACUGCAGAAAGAGAGGGUGGAUGAGGUCGACGCUUAUCAUAGCCGUGCCCCAGACCAGUACUUCUAAAGGCAAAGUGAUGCUGAAGGAAUACAGCGGGCGCAAGAUUGAAACCGAGCACAUUUUCAAGUGGAUAACCGCACACGCUGCCUCGCGGAUUAAAACCAUUUAUAGUUCUGAGCACCUGAAAGACGAAUGGAACAAGAGCGACCAAUACGGAGUCAAGUUGUACCUUUUCGCCGACCUCGAUCAGCCUCCAGCUUUUUUUUCUGCGCUCAGCGUUAAGUUUACUGGGAGGGUAGAGUUCAUAUUUGUUAAUGUUGGCAACUGGGAUAACACAAGUUGCAUGGCGGAAGUUGGCAUCUUCAGGACCCCAUCUUAUGUUCUUAAAACCCCAGAGGGAAUUUACAAGUAUGGGAAUAAUACAGGGGAAUACAUUUCCCUGCAAGCCAUGGAUGCGUUUUUACGGUCCCUGCAACCGGAAGUGAACGACUUGUUUGUGUUGAGCUUAGUUUUGGUGAACCUCAUGGCGUGGAUGGACUUGUUUAUCACACAAGGGGCCACCAUAAAACGAUUUGUUGUCCUAAUAAGCACUUUAGGGACGUACAACUCCCUGCUGAUCAUCUCUUGGUUACCUGUGCUGGGAUUCCUGCAACUUCCUUAUCUUGACAGUUUCUACGAGUAUAGUUUGAAGCUUCUUCGCUACUCUAAUACAACCACCUUGGCCUCAUGGGUGAGGGCAGAUUGGAUGUUCUACUCCUCACACCCUGCACUGUUUCUCGGUACUUACCUUGGUCAUGGAUUGCUCAUUGAUUACUUUGAGAAGAAACGGCGACGUAACAGCAACGCCGAUGAAUUGAAUGCCAACAAUCUGGAGUGGUUGUCCAGCCUUUGGGACUGGUAUGCCAGCUACCUGUUUCACCCCAUUGCUUCGCUGAACCAUUUUCCCAUGGACUACGACUGGGAUGAAGACCCGGACCUGUUUCUCGAGAGGUUAGCGUUUCCCGAUUUAUGGCUUCAUCCUCUGAUCCCUACAGAUUACAUUAAAAAUCUACCAACGUGGCAGUUCCAACGUCCAUGUUCUCAGUCGGAUGAAGAAACCUUAGACGGAUCCCAGGAGAGCGACUGCGACUCGGAACUGGAAAGCAAUGAUGGUAAACGCUUAUGCCGCCAUGCAGAUUCUGCAUUAGAAUGCACCUGUCGGAGUUGCUCGUGUCCCUGUAAAACACCAAAAUCCAGCCCAAAUGGUAGGAAAACCAGGUUGUCCAAAUGCACCAAGAACUACAUGGAGCCCAACUGGGCCACGUGGCCUGGGAACAUGUUGCACUGUACGGAGUGUGUUGUUUGUUUAGAGAAUUUUGAAAAUGGCUCUUUGCUUAUGGGUUUGCCUUGUGGUCACGUAUUUCACCAAAAUUGCAUUGUGAUGUGGCUGGCUGGAGGGAGACACUGCUGCCCAGUUUGCCGCUGGGCAUCCUAUAAAAAGAAACAUUUUGCACGUCCUCCGUCUUCUACCAGCGAAACCCCUUCCUAGCAUCGUAUGUGACGGCCCAUGUGCUUCCUUGGCUGUAGCUGCUUCCGUAUCCGUUAGAAAUUUCAUCGAACCAACGUCUUGGUAAAUUGGCCAAAUGCACAUUACGUCUGUCCAUGUUGUUGCUUUGUGUGUUGCGUGUCAUUGCCUAUGUAAGCAAAAACUGGUUUAUUUUUUUUUUGGUUUCCACAGAGUCUAUUGCUACUCGAGUGUUUAUUUUCCAGACUGGUUACUUUUAAUAAUAAUUUACUUCUAAUUAAAAAAAAAAAAUGCAAGUGACAUGACUUUGUAACACCUGUUAAAUAUACUGAACACCUUAUAGUAUUCCGAGACAUGUGGGAUGGUACGUUGGUGCAAUUUGACUGAAACUAAAUGAAGGAAUUAAUGCAAA